AUGGGUCGCGGGAAAAGAUUAAAUCCAACCGAAAUACAGGUGAUAUUGAAAUUAAACGAACAACAUUGUUCUGUGACGAAAAUAGCCAAAACAGUUAAUAGAAGUCGUAAAGUGAUCACGAAUUUAUUAAAAGAUCCCGAUAAUUAUGGAAGAAGAAAAAGUUGUGGACGACCGCAGUGUCUAACAGCUCGGGAUAAACGUGCUAUAAUACGUCUAGCGUCAAAUUCAACUUUGACUGCGAGACAAAUUGCAGAAGAAGCUGGAAUUACGACAAAUGUUAGGAAUGUUCGACGUCUUUUAAAGAAUUGCGAACAUCUGGAACGACGAAAAUUGCAACGAAAACCUUGGUCAAAGCAACUAAAGCUGUGCCGUUUGCAAUUUCCAGAGGAACAUGAGCUUGCAUCAGCAUCUAAAUCUAAUUGUAAGUUGUUGGUAUUAUUUGAGGAAGGUUCAAUCUCUGCGGGAGUACGUUCUGAAGGCUCUUCCAAACAGGAUACCAGAACCACAAUUAAGAGUAGUAAAAUCUGUGUAUGAAAAAUAUAAAUUAAAUAUAAUUUACUUACAUGUAAGACGUGUAACAUGUACAUUUCUAAAUGUAACAUUACUUACAUGUAACAUAUAAUUUACUCACGUGUAAAAUAGUAUAUAUAUUAUUAACAAAGAGAACACUAAUUUCUUCUUUUUUUUAUAUAUAUACAGGGCGUUUCAUUUAAUUGGAAACGGUAAGAUAUCUCAAGAAGGAUUAAAAGGGACGUUAUGCGAUGCAAAUUAUUUUUUUGCAGGUCAAGACAAACAACAUUUUAA